AUGAGAACAUCUGGUGGCAACCAGGCGACUCAGAGUAAUCGGCCUAACAGGCGAUCUCGGGUAGCCCUGGCCUGUGAUAUUUGUCGUUUGCGAAAGUCGCGGUGCGAUGGAACCCGCCCCAGCUGCUCUGCGUGCAGUCGCUUAGGGUUUGAGUGUGUAUACACCACCCCAAACCAUACACAGAAUGUUAUCAUUCAGAAAGAGUACUUCCAAGCGCUGGAAGAUCGUGUGAAGAGCAUAGAAGAAACCCUAUCUGCCAUGAAGGAUGAUCUAGGGUCAGUGUCAACUUCUUCGCAGAUGUCCGAAAUUGAAGCCAAGCGCGCUAUGAACACCACAAACAACCCCGUCCGACGUAUAGGGUUACACUCCCUUAUUGAUGAAAAAGAACCUGGAUUCCUUGGCCCUUCAUCCAACGACCACUUUCUGCGUUGUUUAUGUCGUGCCAUUACACUGGGAAAGGACGUGCCUAUUAUAACUCCCACUGCUGUCGAGUCUUACCUGGACUUAUCCCAAGCUCAAUAUCCGACCCCAGCCUCCGAAAGGGUACAAUCCUCAGAAGUAAAUAUUUUUGCACUCCCGUCAACCAACGAAAUGACGGAGCUUGUGCAGAAGUUUUUCUUCGAAAUUGGAAUUUUAUUUCCAUUUAUAUACCCGGUCACAUUUUUGGAGACCUACAGUCAUUUACUCAAGAAUGGUUGCUUAAGUGUGAGCCGGAAAUGGCUGGCACUGCUGAACCUGAUCUUCGCCAUGGUUAAACUAUCUGUUAUGCCCAACCAGCAGUUCAAUGCAACAUAUGUUGCCCAAUCCGACACUUGUUAUCAACGGGCACUGGAACUAUAUGGCGAGCAAAUGUUUAACGGUGAGAACAUCGAAGAUGUCCAGUUCCUUCUCCUCCUAGGCCAGUAUCUCCAUGGGAGACAUAAGCCUGGACAGGCAUGGACGGUGCAUACCUUGGCUGUUAAGGCAGCUUUUAAACUUGGCCUGCACUCCCAAAAUGCCUUGAGAGAUAUGCCCGCGCUGGCAAAGGAGGCGCGUAAGCGUACCUGGUAUGGAUGUGUCAUGAUCGACAGGUUAUUGAGUAUGACACUCGGACGACCGGCCGCAAUACCAGACUGCUACGUAAAGCUCGAACUGCCUGCAAACCAUGAAUGCAUCGAUACAUCCGCCAUCAUGGACAACACAACGGCCGAUCUGAGCGUUUCUUGCCUCAAUUGUACAAUUGCCUUAUACAGACAACUAUCAAACAUUAUUGACAUACUUUUCGACCACAACCUGGACUCUGGCACGUCCUUGAGUAUAAACGAGAUAAUUUCACAUAUUUCAUCAAUGGAGGAUAACCUUUGUGUUUGGCAGAUAUUACUUCCCCACGGUUUGACCAUUCUCGCGGCAACAGGAUUACGUGAUGAGCAGCAGGAGCCGAUAACAAAUGCGGAAUUCUUCUCAAGAAAGUUCUCUGUUAUGAUUUCGCUACGAUACUACAGCAUCCGUACGCUUCUACAUCGUCCCACAUUGGCAAGUAUGAUUCAAACAGACCGUCAGACAGUCGACAAACACGGUUCGGAAGCGCUUCCCUUAGUUGGACUGCACAGCUUGGAGAUAUGUACUGAGUCAGCAAUCGCCACUAUUGACAUGAUAUACGAAUUGGUACAUGCCACUGAUUGGCGAACUAAACUUCUAGAAGCCUGGUGGUUCUCGCUGCACUAUGUUUUCAACGCGGCAUUGACUAUCAUAGGAGUGCUGUGGCUUUGCAAAUCAAACUAUGUGUUGGGUCUGGCCAUGGAACAGGUGGCAACAAAGGCAGGGAUUUACCCUGACCGUGCGAUUGCAGUAUUGUCUCAGCUCGUCGCUGGUGACCCCGUCACAGAACGAUGCCGGGACAUUCUUCAACAGUUGACAGAGCUUCUCAAUGAUCCUACUGGUGAGAUAGUGACGUCCAUAUGA